GGGUUAUUUUUCGAAUGGUGUGAGAAGCAUGUGGCCAAUUGACAAAUCAUUUGAUAAACUACGACCUUCGUAAAAAAUUUGAAUCGUUGUGCUGUGAAACUCAACCGGAUGUGACCUACUCAAUAUUCAUUCAGCCAGUGCGUUCCAUUGUGAAAAGUAUAGUAUAUUCUAACGGUUGGCACGAUGACCUCUGCUGUCCGGAACGGUUCAUAUUCCCCAUCAAAGGAACAUCAAACCCCCGGUAAAGAAGCAACGCUAAUUUGUUCGAAGAUGACAGAGGUGGAACUUCGGGAGUUCAUUGAAAGGCAGAAAAAGAUCCUGAAAAAUACUUUGGUGCUCAGCAAACUCAGUGACAAGGGUGAGCAAGUUCGGCGGAAACUCGAGGCGGCCGAAACAGAGUUAAGAAGCCGAGAUAAAAUUCAGGGACUUGAGACAACAAUAGAAAUGAUAAGCAACUUCACCCUGAAGGAUGAACGCGACAAAGAAAAUUUUGACGGUCUCAGGGCAAACAAUGAAUCAUUGCCCAAGUAUGCCGAUAAGCUUGCGGAAAAAAUUGAGCAGAGACAAAAGCAAUCUAAGAAGAAGUUUCAGCCAAACCGGAGCUUAAAGUACGAGGCAGAAAUAAAGCCUGAACAUGCUGUAAAAUGGGAGACUUUCCCCGACCUGAAAGCUGCCGACACGAAACCUCCUUGUGUUCUAUCGAUAAAGGAAUCAAUCAGAAUUGCUCGAGAGAACGCCGCACGAGAGAAACUGGAAAUUCUCGCGCUGGCCGGAGUCAAACUCUCCGCGAGGGAAAUGGCGAAAAUCGAUGACCACCGAAUAGAUUAUAUGCGCGCCAGUUUCAGAGCAUUGAGAAAUGGCUGCAAAGCAACUGAUACCGAUGGAUUUGAUAGCGAUGAUGACGACUAUCCUGCAUUGCGCUCCAGCUUCAGCAGUGAUGAUGACGACGAUGAUGACAUUUCUAUCAAGCACAACACUAGACGACAACUCGAAGAACUCGAUUAAUUUCAUCAAUAAGGUUUUUCCUGUAACUCAUACUGGUCGAAAUCGGAGUUGAAGUUGUAUAUUUUAGUACACUUGGUAUGUUUUGUUUGGGCUGUUAGAAAAACUUUAAUUGUUGUCUAUUUGUGAUGUUUCUACGAAUUGUCUCUAUGUUUUGUGAUUCCAGUGAGGAGUCGAGCAUUUAUAAUAUUAUCUCAUUGCUUGCAUUGCAACACAAGAUGUUGAGUGCAUCGGGGAAUGUAGUGUUCACUAAAGCUUGUAUCUUUAGCUCACCAAAACAAGCAACUCUACCUGACAGAUGUCUUGUUAGUCUAACAAAGGCAUAAUGGUCUUGAUACUUCUUCGAUGUUGGCCAAAUAAGAUAUUCAGUGUCAAAACGUAGUAGAAUUGUACCAUAAAAACGCAUGAAAAAAAUUAUUUUGUGUAUCGUCAGGGUUAGGCCUGAAGAUGGUGGCUGAAGGAUCACGGAGACACAAUUUGCAACUAUCAGCUACAAUGAUUCGAAGAGAAAAGUGUCACGUUCUGUUUUAGAUGAUCAGAGAUGAAUAAUCAGUAAUUAUUGUCCUGAAUAUUGUUGCAGAUUUCUGCAACCCGAUUAUGUAGCAGGAAGCCUGUGAAUUUCGCUGUGAUAACAGAAGGGUUUAUGAUAUGUAUUUAUUAAACAUGCAUAAAUUACAAGUCAUAAAAAUGCUUAGACACA